CGGCCGGCGCGCCAUCUCAGUGCCGGGCCUGGCGCGUCACGAGGCGACCACACUCAUGCACCCGCGGCAGACUGCGAACCGUAUGUAAACGUGCCGAUCAUCCGGACUCACAGUGACAUGAACAUAAAUCAGUGCUGGUGAUUAUUAUUAUUUAUUUUUGUAUUCGCAAUAAUAAAUAAACCUUUGCCGUUUUUUGUCGUGAAUAGAAAAAAAAAAAAACAUUUCCUCGCAUAUGUUUGCACCGAAAAUGACAAUCGAGAAUGUUAGAUUGUAUCAUCAAUAAUAAAUAACCCUUUGCCGAUUUUUUUUGGUGAAUAGAAAAAAAAAUUGAAAAAAAAUAAAACAUUUCGUCGCGUAUGUACGUACGUAUGUAUGCACCGAAAAUGACAAUCGAGAAUGUUAGAAGCGCAGUGCUCCGUCGGUGAGCGGUGUGCUGGCUUCCGCGCUAUCGGCAGUCAAGAUAUCGAAGGGCGCGCGGGUCGGCGGCGGCGGCGGCAUGGUGCUAGAGGGCGGGCUGCCGGCGCCGCUACAACUGUAUGCGGCGGCCGCGGCGCAGCUCGCUCCCCGACCGCCUUGGCCACCCUUCCUACCCUUUUUCGGUGUACCUCCACCGUUCCUGGCAAGACCAAGACUACCACAUCCGCUACCUACAAGAGCUCCACACGGACCGCCCAGCGAAGACUCCAACGAGGACGGAGGAAGCAGUAAAGGUGGGGUAGGAGAUGAUGAUGGCGACAGCGGAAAGAGAAGACGGUCGCGGACUAACUUCAACUCGUGGCAGCUGGAGGAACUGGAACGAGCCUUCCUGGCGUCCCACUACCCUGACGUGUUCAUGCGAGAGGCGCUCGCCAUGAGGCUGGACCUCAAGGAGAGCAGAGUCGCUGUGUGGUUCCAAAAUCGGAGAGCGAAAUGGCGUAAGAAGGAGCAUACAAAGAAAGGGCCGGGGCGACCAGCCCACAACGCGCAUCCUCAAUCCUGCUCUGGAGAGCCUAUCCCUCCACACGAACUUAGAGCCCGUGAACGGGCGCGCAGGAGGAAGAAGCUGGCCAAGGCUCUGGACCGGCAGGCCAGGAAGCUCAGAGCCAAGGGCAUCGCCGUCGAUCUAGAGGCUUUGAAGUCCGAAUACUUAGCGCAACACCGAAACACCGGCGUCUACUCAGACUCCGAUGACGGAGAGGGCGAGGACAGCAUGAUCGACGUCGUCGGAGGAGAUUCCUGUCACGAUUCCGGCCCUGAAGAUUUUUCUCUUUCCGGCAGAAUCCGCGCGCCCUCUGGUGCCGACGGCAUGAACAACUCGGACAGCUCGGCGUCGGACGCUCAUUCGACGAGGAAUUACAGUCCGGGCCCGGAUCCUCAGGCUUCGUUCUUCAAGAGCUUCACGAGUGUUGGUGCGAACUUCGAAAAGUUUGACUUCGAUUCGGGGAGGGCCGUGUCCUUAGAUUUGAGCGGCGGCGGAGGCACGUCGACCGAACAAGACUUAUCGAAAAAUGGUGGGACGCGAAAACACAAUCCCUUUAGCAUAGAAUCGUUGCUUAACACGUGAAAAUGACUUGUGCACAUAGAGGCUUAUGUAUUUGUGUAUCAGUGACUGAUCGGAAGUUGUCGCUCGUUCAGUGAGUAAACAGAUUAUCAUUAGUUGUAACCGGCUUCAGUAAAGACUUGGUACAGUUGACAUAUCCAGUGUGAAUAUUAGACGUAGGAACCGUGUAUUAUAUAGUGUGUAGUGUAAAUAGUCUGUCUUCUCUUCUUUUUUGUUAAUUAAAAUAAUUUAAUAUAUUUAUUUCUUUUUACAUUCUGGGGCAAUAAUUUUGUAGAUCAUGUUUUUUUUUUCAUAUUUUAUUACUUGACUUUUAGAAAAGUCGAACUGAUAAGACUCAUGUCGUCAUUAAUAUUAAAAUAAAUCAUAUGAUUGAUUUGAAAUUUUUAGCGCUACCCUUAAAUUUAUCAUAUUUAUUUUUACAAUUCAUUGCAUUAUCAUUCAUCAUACAAGUUUUACUUACAUAUGCUACAUGAUGACAAUAUAUACUAUAACGUAACAUACACAAGAAUUUAUAAGUGCAUUUAUAUUAUUUUAAUGUUAUUUCAGUUCCAUGUCGUGACUUCAUAAUAUAUAAAACUCCAUAAUAUAAUAUAAUUCUUAUUAUCAAAAAUACAAAUUUGUUAUAGAAACGAAAACAUAUUAAAAACUACUAAUUAAACCGAUAAGAAAAUAAGAUAACAUCGCAGUAAGAGACAAUAAAAAAAUAAUUACGAUCGAAUUAAAAAUAACAAAAAAAAACAAAAUGGCGUCGUUAAUACAAUUACGAGCGUAGAGUGAAACAAAAUAUAUUAUUUCGUGAAACAAAGAAUAUUAUUGAUGAAUAUUUAACUCUAACGUCGAUAAGAGAGCCAAUUAGCAAACAAUAUAUGUGUUAUGAGUGUGAUUUUUAUUACGUUUUUAACUCACAUUUAAAGUUACACGACAAAAUGGCGAAGCGAUUCGAUACGGAGCAUUGUUUCGACGCGUUCAUCCGUGUAAUUGCGCUAAUUAUUUAAACAAAUAAAAUUGUUUUAAAAAUUUUAAUAUAAAAUAUUUUAUAACGCAUAAAAUGGUAUAUCGGUUUCACUUUUUAUUAUGGUUUCAGUGUUUGUUUUUCACAAUGUUUUUAUACGUCUAUAUUAAAUUCAUGAAACAUGUAAUAUGUACAUACGCGAGCCGACGCCAGGUCACUUACAUUUGUCAAUAGAAUUAUCGAUCAACAUAAUUCAUUUAAGACACAGAUAACACAAUUGUCCAAUUUCUUUUUUCUAAAACUCCGAAAAAAGGUUACGUUUCUUAAAGUAUAAAUUUUUUUUUGGACGCAUUAAGUUUUCCAGUCGUUGUCUGGUACCAAUCAUUUAAUAAUAAAGUGAAUAAAUCAUUUAUAUCAAAGAGAUUUUAAAAUUUUAAUGUACCUAUUUACCAUUUCAACUAGAAUACAUUUGUUAAACAUAACAAACAGCCUUACGAAUCAUCGAAAUAAACUCAAGGAAUUUGACAUUUUUGAUUGAUAUUUUUUCAUUAUUCAUGACAAAGGCAUAUCAAAUUGAAUGCCAGACUAUAACCCUGGUGUAACAAAUGUUUAAAACUGUAGUUAUUAGAAAAAAUAGAAAAUUAUUGUUGCAAUAUCGUAAUGGGAAACUAAGUCAUCAUAUUUUUGUGUAGUGAAACUAAUUUAACGCCUAUCAAAGACGCAGGUCUAUAGACGACAUAUUUUUCGUAGUUUUACAAUUAAAAAAAAGAUCUCGGAAAGUAAAAUUGAUAAAGACUUUAAAUAAAAUUGUCACUAAUCGAUCUCUUAAUACAAUAAUACUAGGCGGCUUUUUCUCGAAUCGUCCAAAACCUUAUUUUUCUGGUUGGGAAAUGUGAUAAAAUCCUUAUUUUAUUUUUUAUACAAAAAAAUUCAAUUAUUUCAUGAAUUAUUUCGUUUAGUCUUCUUAAAAUUUAACGGUUAUCUUAAGAAAAAAGAUUUUUUUUUAAUCAAAAUUUUACUACAACUGUAUUUUUUUAUUAUUAAAUUUUAAUCAAAACAGACAUCAAAAUAAAUCUACCUACUUUGUUCACACCUAUUGCAAAGUCAUAGUGUGCGAGCAAGACAGACGCAAAUUUUGAAAGAUAUCUUACUGACAGCUUACUAAAUAAUAAAAUUGUAGUUCUCUGGCAUAUUUACUUGUUAAAAUUUUGUUGAAAAAUCUCUAUAAAUUCGUUGUAACGGUUACUAUUUGAUUUUUGGAAACAAAUAACUUACUUACAUAUAUAUGGUCUACAGAACAAAUCGAUUUUUUCCUUUGGAUAUUAAUAAGCAAACAUAAAUGCGACUAAAACCUAUUACAAAACCUUGAAGAAUUGAAAAGGUUAAUGAACUCUUGAAAUAAUUUCAUAUAUUCUCACAUACACAUAGUAAUAUUUAAUAUUAUUAAAUUCAGUUAUGAUCGACCCGGGUAAUUAAAAAAAAGAAUCGAAAAUUGUAAACAACAAACUUCUCAUCGGUUAAAGAAAACCAUUUGAUAAAUUAAGCUUAUAUAUUUUUUGAAAUAUCUCCAUUUGACAGGCACAUGGUGUGUACUUUUUUUAGCGUAAAUCAUUUUUACAGAGAUUUGUAAUAUCUCAAAAAUUUUACAAUAGUUUUAAUAAUACCCGUCAUUAAUAUUACAUCUGUAUUAUAACAAAAGAAUCAUCACAAUUUGGGCUUUGUAUUUCAAUUGACUAAAAGUAACUUUUGGUUACGAAUUUAUGUAAUGCUUCUUCACGAAAUACCUACUACUGCUAAUUUAUUAUAGCAUCGAUUAAAUUUUAAUAUAGUCAUUGUUGUAAACAUGAUUAGAACGAGUCGAUCGAGAACUAUUAAUUACCCUGGUUGAUCAUACGUACAAUAUAACAUAGGUACAAAGAUAAGUUAUUAUUUAUAUAGUCGGCGAUGAGUGGAUGGAUUAAUUUGUAAAUCUAUCAUAUAAUAUUAAUAUUGUACGUAAAAUGUAUAAAAUUUAUGUUAAUUGAGUAACUUAUUGAAUCAAAAUAUAACAUUUGAAAAGUU